GUACGAACGAAUUCAAAUUAACUUCCGUCUUCGCUCUCCUUCUCGCCCAAAGCCAACGUCUCUCUGCCUGAGCAACAUGAGGUCCCUCUUCUCCAAAUCCCCAUGCUCGCCGGCUCCCCCUCCUCCGCCCUUCGCCGGCGGCGGAGAGGCCCUCACUCCCUCCUCCCACCACCGCCAACGUCGCUUCCCCAAGGAGAACGUCGACCCGUCCUCCUCCCCCGCCCCACCGGAUCACUCCCCCUACCGCUCCCCUUCCUCAGCUGCCAAGCCCCUCGCCGCCCGCAACCGCGGAAUCCCUCCCCGGCCCCCGCUGAAGAGGAAGCUAGAUAUCUCCGCGGCCUCCACACCCGAUAGAGCCCCCGCCGGCGCUGCCGCCGUCUCCGACUCCGGCGUCCAGGUGGUGGUGAGGGUGCGUCCCCCGAGUAGGUCGGAGGAGGACGACGAGGGGGCUGGGGCGGGGGAUGGGGAGGAGACUUGCUUGCGGAAGACCGGGCCCAGCUCCGUGGAGAUACAGGGGCAGGGGUUCACGUUCGAUUCUGUCGCUGAUGAGGCCUCCACGCAGGAGGAUAUCUUCCGGCUUGUAGGCUUGCCACUGGUGGAAAACUGUUUAGCUGGCUUUAACAGUUCAAUUUUCGCUUAUGGCCAGACUGGUAGUGGGAAGACUUAUACAAUGUGGGGGCCUCUGUUUGCCCUGUCUGACGAAUCAGCCAGCAGAGAGAGGGGGUUGACUCCUCGUGUUUUUGAACUACUGUUUUCACGCAUUAAAGAAGAGCAGGCUAAACACUCGGAUAAACAACUAAUGUACAACUGCUGCUGCUCUUUUCUUGAGAUCUAUAACGAACAAAUCACAGAUUUGUUGGAUCCCAUGCAAAAGAAUCUUCAGAUCAGGGAAGAUGUUGGAACCGCUUCCGUUUAUGUUGAAUCAUUGACAAAGGAAUUUGUAUUCACUAUACAUGAUGUUACUCAGUUGCUAGUAAAGGGAUUGGCGAACCGGAGGACUGAGGCUACUGCUGCAAAUGCAGAUAGCUCACGCUCACAUUGUGUUUUUACAUGUUUCAUUAAAUCAGAAUCCAAGAAUCUGGUGGAUGGAUCAAGCCUAUCAAGAACAAGUAGGAUCAAUUUGGUAGACCUUGCUGGAUCAGAACGGCAAAAACUAACAAAUGCAGCUGGUGAUCGUUUAAAAGAGGCGGGGAACAUAAACCGGUCACUAUCGCAGUUGGGAACACUGAUUAAUAAACUGGCAGAAGUAUCACAAUCUAGAAAACAGAGGCAUCACAUUCCUUAUCGGGAUUCCAAGUUGACCUUCCUAUUGCAGGAAUCACUUGGCGGCAAUGCUAAGCUUGCAAUGAUCUGUGCGGUCUCACCAUCACAAGGUUGUAAGAGUGAAACACUAAGCAGUCUAAGAUUUGCUCACCGUGCUAAAUCUAUUAAAAACAAUGCUAUUGUCAACGAACAAAGAGAGGAUGACGUUAGUGUUCUCCGUGAGCAAAUCAGGCAUUUGGAGGAGGAGCUUCACCGUGCAAGGUCAAAUGGGGUUUUGCGAAGAAGCAAGGGCAGUUCUUUGAUUGGAUGGAAUGCUCAUAACAGCUUGCUUUUGAAAACGAGUUUCAGUCGUCGUACAGCAUUCCCCACAGGCCAAGAUGAUAGUGAUGAGGAAAUGGAGGUUGUUGAUAAUGAUGUUGAGACACCUUAUAAUUUAGAAGCACAGUCUCCAUUGCACCAUGAUAAUGUUGAAGAAAACAGAUGUCAGUUCAACCUGGCAGCAAGCAUACAGAAGGGCCUUCAAGUCAUUGAAAGCCAUCGGACUAGUGGUACCUGGAGGAGAGCAUCACUAGGCUUUAGCACUAGAACUUUGAAUUCUCAUCCUACAGUUCCAGUUUGCAGAGUCGAUGUUGCUAUUCAAACUGAACCUGAAGUAUUUGAACUGAGGCAAAACACCCUGGCUGAAAUUCCUAGCAGCCAGAUUGAAGCAUCUGCAAAUGAAAGCAAAGCUAUCACCAAAUGCAUGGAUCUACAAUUAUUAACAGCUGAUGGAGCAAUUCAAUCUGACGAUCUGAAGCAACAACAUGUUCUGAAAGCUGUGGAGAAGGUCCUUGCUGGAGCCAUCAGACGGGAGAUGUUACGCGAUGAACAAUGUGCAAAGCAAGCUGCUGAAAUUCGACAGCUAAAUCGUUUGGUGCGGCAAUAUAAGCAUGAACGAGAAUGCAAUGCAGUAAUUGCACAGACGCGGGAAGAAAAAUUUGCCAGGCUUGAAAGUCUUAUAGAUGGAUAUUUACCUACUGAAGAACUUAUACAUGCAGAGUAUCUCUCCCUUAAAGAUGAACAUAAGAUUCUCCAUCAGAAAUAUGAGAACCAUCCUGAAGUUUUGAGUGCUCAAAUCGAGCUUGAAAGACUUCAAGAGGAGUUGGAGACAUACAGACACUUCAAGGAUGAGAAGGAAGUUUUACUGGAGGAAAUCCAACACCUCAAAAAUCAGUUAGAUUAUAUGCUUUCGUCAUCCACGUCAUUGUGUAGGCCUCCAGUUGAUUUAUCACAGGCUGUUAGUACUGUCUCCGCUCAUCUUAAUAUUUCAGCCACAAAGAAAGAUGAUGAUGGCCUUGACACUGCUGAGACUAGGGAGAGUAGAUGGAUUACUCUUACUGAAGAGCUUAGAGUUGAGCUUGAGAAAAGUAGAUCUCUCAACAAAGGUUUGCAGCUCGAAGUAGAGUCGGAGAAGAAAUGCUCAGAGGAAUUGAAGGAGGCACUGGAAAUGGCAAUAAAGGGGCAUGCUAGAAUCUUAGAACAGUAUUGUGAACUACAGGAAAAGCACACUUCCUUGCUCUCAAUGCAUCGGAGUAUCAACGUUGAGAUUGAAGAUGUGAAAAGAGAAGCAGCAAAAGCUGGUGUAAAAGGGGCAGAAUCUCGGUUUAUCAACACCCUUGCCAGAGAAAUAUCAGUUUUAAGAGCCGAGCGAGAGAAGGAGCGGCGAUUCUGGAUGGAUGAAAAUAAAGGACUACAACAACAAUUAACGGAUACUGUUGAAGCUGUGCAGGCUGCUGGUGAGCUUCUUAUACGGUUAAAUAAUGCCGAGGAAGCUGCAUCACUUGCUCAGAAGCGUGCCUUGUUGGCAGAGCAAGCAGCAGAGAAGGCUUAUCAAGAGAUUGACAACCUUAAAAAGAGUUAUGACCAAGAAACUCUUCUGCUAAAUCAGCGUCUCGCUGAAUCCAAACCGCCCAACAAUGCUCUACAACCUGCUGAACCUAGUGAUAUGGGCGUUGCUAGGUAUGACACAGGUGGGAGCCUUGGUGACCAGCGGUGGCAAGAGGAGUUCUUCAAGGCCUUUCAGCAAAGCAUGUCGGCUGAUGUCUCCAAAAGCAGUGACCUCACUUCAUGGUUCUCCGGAUACGAUAAGUGCAACAUUUGAUCAGCCAGUGAAAAUCUGUCUACUCCAUUUUCAAAUUCUUUCACCUUGAAAGGUAUAUGUUGUACAAUGUACACCAUUAUAUUGUGGGGUUUUUUGGUUACAAAGGUUUGACUUAUCAUACCCCAGCUUCUCUGGCUUGUGAGUCGCAACUAGGUUUAGCAAAGAUUCAGAAGGUGUAUGUUGUCUUGUAGAUUUCAUUCGAAGACAUAUGUUUAGAUUGAUCAUGUAUUCAUGUACAAGGUGAAUAGCGACUUGUAUUUAUUGAUGCAGUCUGGUAAUCUGAUAAGGAAAUGUUAAAGCGAGAGAACAGAAAAAACAAAGUUCAUUUACUGUUAUAACUUCAUUCUGAGCAUUC